UUUUUUUUUUUUGUCUUUCUUUCCCUUUUUUUUUUUUUGAAAUAAACAUAUCAUGCUACGUUCUCCUUUACAUCUAUUAUUAUCUUUACAUCGACUAUUACAUCGUAGCAAGUUACGCCACAAAUCAAGUCAUAUUCUAUUUCGUCCUAUUGCCACUUUUUAUUUUUCAAAGAUACCAACAAAUGCAGCAAUAGCAACAGAAGUAGUACUAAAUAAACCAAUACCAGCUUUAGGGCAACAACCACAACAAUUAAUUCGUUUACUUCAACGUCGUUCCACCUUAUCUACGUCCACAGCUCGUCGCCUUCUUAUUUAUCGACGGAAUACUUCAUGCUGUGUACAAUCUCGUACCAUGGUCACUUCCAACAGCACUACUACAACAACAAAUCAACUUGUCAAUGUCCUAAGUCCUAAUCACUUUUUCACUCCAGUAAGACCGCCCAUCUUAGGUGUUCAUGGUGGUGGCACGCUUCCUCCUCCACCUCCAAUUUCUUUUAGGUCUUACAACACAAAGCCUUCUUGGUCACAACAACGCUCUAUUACUACCUCUUCUAUUUGUUCUGACAAUGAUAUUGAAGACGUGGAUGAUGAUGAUUAUAUUGGAAGCAACAGAUUUCAUUGUAUUCACUCAUCCUCGUCCCUUCAAGGUGGGAAACAACAACGAUAUCAACCUCCUCAUAGUCGUGGUAUGGCUGAUGUGAUGGAUCAAAGUGACAACAACAAUAACAAAAAGAUGGAUCAUCAUCAUCCAGGUUUGGUACAUCGUGGUCAACCUCCGAAAAAAUCACAACAACAACAACAACAACAAGAACAAUCACAACCUUUGUUAGGCCCGGUGGGUAUGUUAAGGCAUGAUGAUUUAUCGUUACAGACUAUUCAAAAACAACGACGAUGUGAUACGCAAGAUUAUGAUGAACAAAAGCAGCAAUGGUAUGUGGCUAUCCCAAUGGAUCUCUCGUCCUUAUUACUCCAAGCAUCUUCAUCAACAUCAUCAUCAACAUUACCAAAUACCGCAAGCAAUAUAUUUUUUAUGGAAAAUAGCACUUCUAUCCUGGAUCCUACGUGGUUGAACUCUUUUCAUCAAUGGGGAACUCUUAUUCGUGAACAUUUGGCCAAAGUGAUGAUGUUUCUUCAAUUGGUAGGAUUAGAGGCACAACGUUAUAUUAUUAAACAUCGCAACCAUCAAUCCAAUACAGCCUUCAAAAUGAGAAUGAUUCAUGGAUGUUCUGAAUUACGCCUCUACGUUCCUUAUCAACAUUUCGCACCAUCACCUAUGACUGACACAACAAUUGCUCAAUGGAUAUAUCAACUUAUGCCAUCGCCACCUUCUUUUCAAGUCAAGUGUACCCAAGAACCAGCUGAUGACGAAAUACCACCACAUGGUCUAGAAAUACCCGCCACCAAUAAUAUUGGAUCUACAUCAACGACAACAAUACUUGGUACGGCGUCCUCUUCCUAUGAAUCUAUUCAUCCGAACAACACUAUCGAUGAUGAUGAUGAAGAAGAUGAUGAUCUGGUGAUAAUUCCUUCUUUACAUGGAGAACAGCGAGCUAUAUUUGACCCGGAGGAUGAAACUUCAUGGCAUGUUGGACCUCGUUAUUUUGAAGGGAUUCAUUCAUUCUUGAACCAUGUAGAUUCAAUGAUUGAUUCAAGUCCUGCCUUUGCUUCUAAUGGUUCUACUACGACUCAACGACGGUUCUCUGCUUGACUUGGAUGAACUUGUAUAUGAUUGUGUUCUUUUUUUUUUUUUUGGAAAAAAAAGGGAAGGUGAUUCGUUUAGUUUAUUAGUUUAAAUUGCCUUUUUCUCUCUCUCUCUCUUUUUUUUUUUUAUCAUCGAAAUAAAGUUGAAUUAUCUUUU